GAAGUGAACUGACCGCAGGUAAAAGCCCUGUUUAUGAGGGUUUAUAAAACAGGAUCAGCACAGUGACCCUCCCGCUUAUUAAUAAAUAUAACUAUAUAACUAUAAAUAUAUCUAUAACUAUAACUAAAGGAUUAAUCAGGUAACCGCUGAUCUCUGAGAGAAGGUGUUUUUGAGGAGCAGCUGAUUAUGGGAAAAGGCUGUAAGGUUGUGGUUUGUGGUUUUGCCUCUGUUGGUAAAACAGCGAUUCUUGAACAGUUACUGUACGGAAACCACAGUGUGGGAGCAGAACUGAAUGAAACUCAGGAGGAUAUUUAUGUUGCGUCUGUGGAGACGGAUCGUGGAGUGAGAGAGCAGUUACGGUUAUAUGACACCAGAGGGCUUAGAGACGGACAAGAUCUUCCUAAACACUAUUUCUCUGUGGCGGAUGGAUUUGUGCUGGUCUACAGCGUCGACAGCCUGGAGUCCUUCAAGAAAGUCGACCUGCUGAAGAAAGAAAUCGACAAAUCCAGAGACAAGAAAGAGGUGAUGGUGAUCGUUCUGGGUAAUAAGGCUGAUCUGCGGGAGCGUCGGCAGGUGGAGCAGGAGGUGGCUCAGCAGUGGGCUCGUGGGGAGAAGGUGAAGCUGUGGGAGGUGAGCGUUACGGAGCGCAGCUCCCUCAUCGAGCCGUUCACCACGCUCACCAGCCGCCUCACCCAGCCCCAGAGCAAAUCCGCCUUCCCCCUGCCCGGCCGCAAGAGCAAGGGAACCCCCGCCAACGACAUUUAACCAGAUCCAGCUCCCCGCAAAAUCAGCAUUCCCACAGACCAGCACUGUCUCACCAUUAGUGGAGUUCGAGUUUUAAAGAAUUGAGUUUAAUAGUGAAAAUUAUGAUCUUAUACACUUAUUUAUACGUUAGUAAUUAAUACAUUGCUUAGAUGACUUGGGUUCGAAUAAAGCAGGACUGUUUUCGAUUGGCUGAUCACAGAAACAUCACUGUUCUAAUAGAAAACUGUAAAUAUAAGCAGGAGGUUGCAGGUUCGAAUCCCGCUCAUGCAGCUUUGCCAUCAAGCUGCCAGCGCUCAGAGGGAGCAAAAUUGGCUCUGCUCCCUCCGGGUGGGUAGAUGGUGCUCUCUCCCCACAUCACUCCUAGGGUGAUGUCUGCAGCACAGGGCGUCUGUGAGCUGAUGUAUCAGAACCGAAUCGUGUUAGCACUGUGAUGCUGCUCAGCAAUGCUGCAUCAGCAGCAGCUCAAAAAGAAGCGGUGGCUGACUUCACAUGUAUGAGAGGAAGCAUGUGCUGGUCUUCACCCUCCUGGUGUGUUGGAGUUUUACUAGUUAUAGGGGGAGGAGUCCUAAUGAGUGGGUUGGGUAAUUGGACGUGUAAAUUGGGGAGAAAAUGGGAAAAAAAAAUUAUAAUAUGAUACAACUUUAGAAAAUAUAGCCUAAUAAAUUUUAUUAAAGGAUAAAGUUAUUAAAUUAUUAGAUCAUACAUGGUGCAUCAUGCGUUUUGGCACACAGUCGGUGCCCUUUAAAUAACCCAAGUCUGCCUUACCUGUGAUUGGUUGUUAAAAAGAGGCGUGCGGUUGUGAAUUUGAGGGGUUUGAUAUGGCAGUGAUGAUGUGUGUCAAAAUAAAGAGGCAGUACGGAACAUCAUGUUACCAGAUAAUAGUGCAAAUAGUUGAUCUUAAGGUGCUUUAGGCCUUCCACUAGUGCUUGAUCACCAUUCAUCAUCUGAUCUCAGCCAUUCAUGUAACAUCAUAAAAAAUUCAAAAUAAAAGUCUUCCAGCUCCGUUUAUAAUGGAACAAGUUAUCAGUGGUCUUCAGCCCUGAUCCGUAAGAACUACCUUUCUGCAGACCCUAGACUUUAAAUCCUAAUCCUCCCCAACUCUGCCAGCUAAUUACUGCCUUCAGACGUCCUCGAUAUGCUAAAUGGGGUCUGUGAGUGUGUGUGUGUGAGAGACUGUGAGUGUGUGUGUAAGAGUUGUGCAUUGGAACUGAAACCUGCAGAAAGGUGGUGCCUCAGAACAGGUGAUGGAGAACUCUGCUUUAUAGACCUUUAAUCUGGCUGAUCAUAGCGCCACAUUCUAGCCCAAAGCAUUUGUAGCUCAGUACUGUAAUACUUUAAUAAUAAUAAUAAUAAUAAUAAAUAUUAUAGCAAUAGAAACACUGCAACAAAAAGAUCAUAUCUUGGCCUGUGAAAUUAUCUUUUCACACUAGAACAUUCCCAGGCUAUGUUCACAUUACUAUAAGAAGCCACAUUGCUCAAAUCAGAUUUUUUAUUUGCUCAGAUCAGAUUUGUCUGUCUUGUCGGUUCACUGUAAAUAUAAGUGAUCUGUAUCUGUGUGUAAUGUGAACGAAUUAGCGCUAAUGCUAAUGUGUAAAAGCAAAAGGACGCAUGAAUUCAGAUUUGACCGUUCACAUUAAUGUUCUAUGUCCAUGGAUUGGAUUUGUAUCUGAAUUAGGACCACAUGUGAAAGUGACCCAAAUCUGAUUUGGCACGUUCACACAGACACAGAAAAAAUCAGAUCUAAGCAACAUUGAGCAAAAAAAUCAGAUUUGAGUGACUUCAGCCUGGUAAUGUGAACAUAGCCUUAGAUAUUUGUAUUUUGAUAGAUGGAUAGAAAGAUACUUUAUUUAUUGUACGUCGUAAUUUAAUAUAGAGAAUGAUUCUGCUUCUUUUAAAAAAGUAUAAAUGAAACCUGUAAUGAAACAGAAAUUGCUCUAGAAAACUAACAUAUUGUAAGAAUGAAUACAUUUCCUAUUGAGUAGAAAUAAAAGUAGGAGAGAUCAUUUCACUUGCUGAGAUUUGUUGCAGUGUGUUUUAUAGUGUAGCUCUUCCAGUCUUUAAUGUUGUGUGUGUGAAUUAUUAGUGUGAAUGCUGAAAUUGUUAGUGUACAUGUAGAGAUAUUUAUUUUAUUUAUUUCUGUCACUUUACAUCAUGUUAGCUGAAAUAGUCUACAGUUGCACAACUCUUACUGUAGUGCGUUUUGUGAUCUGAACUCUCUUAUUUUAAGCAAACACAUACUGUACUUAAAAAAAUCCAAUAAAUGUGAUUUCUUUACACUUUAAA